GAACCAACUGUAUUUGAUUCGGAACCAACUGUAUUUGAUUCGGAACCAACUGUAUUUGAUUUGGAACCAACUGUAUUUGAUUCACUUCCUAUUGCAUUCGAUUCGGAACCUACUGCAUUUGAUUCGGAACCAGCUGUAUUUGAUUCACUUCCUACUGCAUUCUAUUCGGAACCUACUGCAUUUGAUUACUACCCGUCUUUUAGAGCAAAGCAAAACUAAACCAGCCGACUGGCUUCAUUUAGAAAAUAUUUUCAAGUAAAAAAUGCACACACCAGUCAGCAGUCAACACACAACAACCUGAUGAAUAAAUACAUACAUGUGAUUAAAUGGUUUCAAAAAAAGGGGGAAACUAAAGCGUCAAAAUGAUUCCUUCCUGAAAUCUUGACAGAUGUUGCAUGCUGUGCUGUGAGCGCUUCAGCGUUUCUGAGCUGCCAGAAUUGAGGCAAACUUUCCCUCCACCAUGGCCAGCGGAGAGGAGGAUGACCCCAUUAUACAAGAGCUCGAUGUGUACCUUGCCAAAAGUCUUUCGGACAAGCUGUAUUUGUUCCAGUAUCCCGUGCGACCCGCUAAUAUGAACUAUGACGACUUCCCGCAUUUAACAGCCAAAAUCAAACCCAAGCAGCAAAAGGUUGAAAUGGAGGUGGCGAUUGACACCAUGAGUCCGAAUUAUUGCCGCAGUAAAGGGGAGCAGAUUGCACUCAACGUGGACGGCACAUCCCUGGAAGACUCCAGCACUUACUCCAUUAAAAUGAUGGACAAGCAAACCUUCUCAUCGAUCCAAGCUACAACGAAUAUCAGUCGGUAUGCCGCUGCAGUGUUUCGUAAAGGGGAGCUUCAUCUCACGCCGUUACAGGGCAUUCUGCAGAUGAGGCCCAGCUUUUCAUAUCUAGAUAAAGCUGACAGUAAACACAAGGAAAGAGAGGCAGCUAAUGAAGCUGGAGACUCUUCUCAGGAUGAGGCAGACGACGAUGCCAAGCAGAUCACUGUGAGAUUUUCCAGGCCAGAGUCUGAGCAGGCUCGUCAGCGGCGCAUCCAGUCUUACGAGUUCCUGCAGAAGAAACAGGCUGAAGAACCGUGGGUCCAUUUACACUACCACGGAUUAAAGGAUGGGCGCUCGGAGCACGAACGGCAGUAUCUUUACUGCCAGGCCAUGGAUACCACCGAGAACACGGAGUUAGUGAAAACGCCAAGCGAGUAUCUGGCCAUGCUUAUGCCUCCACUGACAGAAGAAAAAGUGGUUAAGCCAGUGGGGCCUAGUAACGUGCUUUCUAUGGCUCAGCUACGUACGUUGCCACUUGGAGAUCAGGUGAAGACUUUGAUGAAGAAUGUCAAGGUCAUGCCGUUUGCCAAUCUCAUGGGGCUGCUUGCAUCAGGUACAGACUCCACUGCAGUACUGCGCUGCAUACAGCAGGUGGCGAUGCUCGUCCAGGGAAACUGGGUUGUCAAGAGCGAUGUUCUGUAUCCCAAGUCCACCUGCAGUCCACACAGUGGCGUGCCUGCAGAGGUGCUCUGUAGGGGCCGUGACUUUGUGAUGUGGAGAUUCACAAACGAGCGCUCCCUGAUGAGAAAAGAGGUCACUGCUACCAUAAAGCUGCCUCCCGAAGAUGUGAAGGACUUUUUGGAACAGAUGGCUGUUCCCCGAGCUAACCGAGGCUGGGAGUUCCUGCUGCCUACUGACCAUGAUUUUGUCAAGAAGCAUCCUGAUGUGGCUCAGAGACAGCACAUGCUCUGGCUGGGCAUCCAAAACAAGUUAGAAAAAGUUUUCAACUUCUCAAAGGAAGACUUCGUGCACAAAAAGGAUACUCAAAUGGACUCUGUUCAUGUUAGCGGUGAGCAACGUCUCAAGAUGGCUCAAGAGAAAGCACGGGAGCAUCACUCCUCUCUGCAGAAAGACUUGGAUGCCCGCAGACUGAAGAUGUCCUCUGGCUCUGGAGGAAAUGACGCGAUGGUACAAAUUAAACAAGAACACGUGAGCGACUGUGAGGAGUCUAUGGACACGUCCAGUUCUGUCCCGAACGGCUCGGUUAACGGUUAUCCCUCAUCAGACUCCCCUAACACAGACCUCCACGGUCAGCACGGGGCGGCGCAGAGCCCUAACCUGGAACUCCAAGACUUUGUCCGGAGCACUUUCCGGAAACACUUUGUGCUGUGCCUCAGCGAAGUCAAACGAUUGUUCAACCUGCACCUGGCCAGCCUUCCUACAGGACACGGCCGCUUCGGCCACGUCACGGACCGCAUGCUCCAGGACACCAUCCUCCAAAGCAACUGCAAACAGAUCCUAGUGCCUUUUCCCCCUCAGAGCAGUGCUUCUGCAGACGAACAGAAAGUCUUUGUCUUAUGGGAGAACGGUGAAACGUUUGAUAAGCACCGGCAAAUUCUGUUCGAGAUCUUCAUAAAGAACUACCGCGUAAGGAGAAACAUCAUCCAGACCCGACUCACGCAGGAACUCGGCGACGCUGUCACCAAGGCUGACGUGGACCGGCUGCUCAAGGAGUGCUGCGUCAGCCUCGGAGGAAUGUGGUACCUGAAAGGCACAGUGCAGUCGUGACAGUAGGGGGGAGGAGCCUUAGGGAUCCUGUCAAUCAAAAUAAAUAAAUAAACAAGAUUCUCUCUGAGUUUUACUCUGUAUGGGGGAAAUGGAGUCGAUCAGUCACUGCCCACCCCCUACCCCCACCCCCAGCUGGACAAGACUGGCUUUGGAGGACUGAAAGGCCCCCCCACCCCCCCCUUGCUGCUCCAGGGCAUUGCUUUUGUUUACUUUCAAGGACACGUAGCUGAACGUAGCCAAAAAAAAAAAAAAAAAAAGCUUGUGGAAAUUUACCGGACACCUCAUCAUUUCAUAAAAAUAAAAACAAAACAAAAAAGGGCUCGAGAUCCACCGGAUCCUACAGUGUGUUUAGUUCAAUAAAUCACAGAAGGAAAGAGAUGUAUAUGCAAAGCUUAGUUCAAAUAUUUGUUUGUUUUCCAUGAUUUCCUGUUCCUGUUUCUUAUCUUUUAUCAUUUCUUUAUCGCUAAUAAAGAAGACUGGGUGGGAUUUUUUUAUCUCGUUUGUGGCUUUUCAGAAAAGAGAACGCCCUUAGGACCUGACCGAGAAGAUGACCGCUUCCCUGAUAAAUGAUUUUUACAAUCAGCACAAAUAUAUAACUUAGAAAAAAAGUCUUGUUUUUUUUUUCCUCCCUCCACAUCCGGAUAAUAUGAACAUACUGUACAGCACAGGGCCUAGUGAUUUUUUUUAUUUUUAUUUUCCUUUCUUAUUCAUUUGCCUGAAAAGAUAAAAUAACACUAUGCACUAUUGUGCCAUAGCCUCCAUUUCCUUCAGUGUGUAACAGCUACACCAAAGCUCCGAUGAACUGGGAAAUGUGGUCCUGAUGGUUUAGACAGAUAGGAUGGAUGGAGAUUCAUUUUCUUUUCUGUUUAAAUAAUAAUGAAGUGCAGGAUAAACCUGUUUGAAUAUGCUGUAGUGCCAAUGAGAAGAAUGACAGGAAAUGUCCUUAAAAAGCAUGUGUGAAAUGUGAAGAAUCACCAUCCCGUUGUGGCCUUUGGGGGACUGGUUUUGAAUUAAAGAUAAUUCAGGCUGCUGGAUGUUGAUUGAAAACUGAUGUAGUGGGAAAACAACAUGCAUUUCAUUUCGUUUUAUUUAGAUGUGUGUGAAAUCCUGCCCUUAAGAAACUGUUGUGGUUUGUUUGUUUUCCUUAUUUCUUUUUGUGAGUUCAAUACUAAAUGGAAGAUGAAUUGUUUGAUCAUAUAUAUGUCAUUGAAAGGUUUGAGGAUGUAUCUCAGCUUGACGAAUGUAUGGAACUGCAGCGUGGCUUUGGCUUUAAUGAUGGCGCGAGUGUUUUGACAUGUUCUGAGCUCUUUUUAGGACGUGUGAAAGUGCCUCUAAUUUAUUCAGGUGAAAUAUUACCUAUAUUAAAUGUGGUUGGAACAUCUUUUGCUUUAUAUAUCCGACCUCAUUUGUUUUUUGUUUUUUCUUUUCUAACCUCAAGAAAUGCCUGGAUCCUGUUCAUUCGUUUUUUUAAUCAUUCCACCUGUUCAGGAAUAAAUGGACACGUCACCGAGUAUGGGAACGCUUUUGACCUAAGAAUGGAAGUCGGCUGUUUCGUUGGAAGGUUAUGCUCAAUAAACACUGCACAUGAGUCACUGC